AUGGUCUUCAACUUUUCAUCCUUGGAUCUCACCGAAGAUCCUCCCGAUUUCGAUCCAGAUUCGCCGCCUGCUUCUCAGUCAUCAACGAAGUGUCUGCCGCUUAAUUUUGCUGGCCGCAGUUUCAUCAAAGCUAUAACACCCCGCCAGGUCGUUGCUGGUGCUUCUCUGCGCUUGGCCAAUUCCGCUUCCAAGUUUGGUUGCUGGAGGCCAAGCGAAUCGCUCCAAUGUCCAGAGGCAGGGCGCCUCAAAAGGUUCACUUUCCGCGAGCUGAAGGUCGCUACCAACAACUUCAGUGAGACAAAGAAGUUGGGUCAGGGUGGGUACGGUUAUGUGUACGAAGGAGCCUUGGGGGACGGCUCGAGGGUGGGGAUAAAAAGACUCGAUAGACGUGCCUCUCAGCCAUGGGCAUUCCAUGCUGAAGUUAAAGUGGGGAACAUGACCUGCCAUCGGAAUCUGAUUGGGGUUCUAGGGUUUUGUUCGUCGACGAAACAUAGAGAACAAAUGCUUGUGUACGCUUUCAUGCCCAACGGAAGUCUAGACUCCCUUCUAAGAGGACAGUCAACAAAGAAGAUCCAACUUGAUUGGCCCACCAGGAAGAAGAUAGCAAUUGGAGCUGCGAGAGGGAUCUCCCAUUUGCAUGAUCUGAGGAUAAUUCACAGGGACAUUAAACCUGCUAAUAUACUUUUGGAUGAGAACUUUGAGGCUCGUGUUGCAGAUUUUGGGAUGGCGUUGUUCAUGGACGAGUACAAAGAGAAGGCUGUUUCCGAAAGAGGACCCAACGGUGAAGACGAUUAUUUUACCGACUGCGCAAUGGGAACGCUUGGUUACAUGGAUCCGGAGAGCUUUCUUGGAAGAAACUCGGUAAAGAGCGAUGUUUAUGGGUUUGGCGUGACGCUUCUUGAGCUCAUAAGUGGCCGUAGAGCUAGGGAAACAACCUGCCUCGAUGGAAAUGAACUGGGGCUGCCUCAAUGGGCACGCGCCCUUUUAAAGGAGGAACAGUUGGAAAGGCUAGUCGACACCAAUAUGCCGGGCGGCUACGACAAGAGUGAAUUCGAGAAAAUUGUGCGUCUGGCUCUACUUUGCACGCAAUUCGACCCCAAAAAGCGGCCUUAUAUGGCUGAAGCAGUCCUAUUUCUUGAAGGAAUUAUUGGCUUGGAGAAAAGAUGGGAGGAGUAUCAACAUGAAGACGGAUUAUCUGGCCCAAAUAAUCUCUCAAGUUCGAGCGACUCUUCUUCUUGUUCAAGGGAAGAUGACUUAUCUGGUCCUAGAUGA